AUGGAGGACAUUUACAUCGUCAUGGAGCUCAAGGUGAAUGAGUCGGACCAAGCCCUGGCCGACGCACAGCUCUAUCGGCGGUACUAUCGGAUGACGUCGACAAGCGGGAUUCAGGAAUGGGUUUAUGGCGUGACGCUUUGCGGCUCGAUGUUCCGUGUUCAAGUACACACCCCAUGCGGAAUCAUCAGGACCGAAUCGAUUGACUGCUCAACAGAAGCAGGAUUUCGGUCGUUCAAGCGGUUUUUGUUGCGCAUCCUGCGCAUCCUUGAGGACGAUCUGAAAACGUGA